CGUAGGUACAUACAUACGGUACCUACGUAAUCAGGCAGCUAGCAUGCGCUGUAUGCGCUGUACCUAGCUGUUGGCAAAAUUGUUUGGAUACCUGACUUUCAGGCACGGCCAGAUGCGAUCUUCAGGCGGGAUCCGGGCUGUGGAGCGGACCAUGCAUGAUAUUUAGCCUCACACCCUCAGGACAGUCCCGGGACGGUUCUGCUUGAUGAGAUCAUGAAUGCGCGGACCCGAUCACAAGCGGGGGCGGUCGUCUCACGAAAACGGGUCCCAUUGGGACGGUAACCUCAAGCAGGCUUUUCCCCCUCGACCCAGGGGCGCCUCGGAGGCAUGGGCAGUUCUGAAAAUCGUCUCAACCAAACCAGGCCCGCGAUCUCCGAAACAGGGUUACGAAACACGCCCAGCAGAAACACGCCCCAUGAGGCGCAGCAGCUUACGAGUUCCAGGCGUUUCUGGAAUUUCCUUUUCGGAUACCGUGUCUUGUCGUAAUCCGUGCAGAAGAUCAUCUAUAGCGCCACUGAAGGUGAACCCGCAACCAACGAUGCGGAUGGUGUACUAUGUAAACAAGCAUGCAUCCAGGUGUCUGUCCCGCAGCAAGGAUCCAUGGAUGCUUCAUGGACCUGCACAUACUACGUUCAUACCCAUGCAAGGUAUCCAGAGGUGCAUCCCAAAAAGCGAUCACCAGGAGUUAGCGAAACAUAAAUUUUGGGUUCACAUGGGGGCGGGGGAUGGAGUGACGACAGCAUGUUCCGCGGAUUGGCCAAUCUGGGCCAGAAGCUACGAACAAGUGCCUGACCUGGUGUCCUGGUCUGAUCACCACACUAGCUAGGAUAGGUAAGUCCUCAGCAAUACGGAUGCUCGACUUCGUGUUCUGGGCGUUCUAUCCCAAACGGGCGUCCGCUCUGGAAAGCUGCAAAUGCACAGGAAAAAGGUACCUAAUUGUCGGGGACGGAUACUACGUGUGUAGGACAGACGAGGGUAGCCUGAAACAUCGGGUCUCAACGCAACGACUAUCGAUUGACGUUUCUGAUUCUCCCUCUAGGGUUUAAGUGACGAGAGAAGCUCCUCGGACCUGCAGAAUACCUUCUGCACAGGACGUCGUUGGUCCGGCACGCAGUAAUUACACCAUGUACUCGCCGCUUGUUCCGGCGGAGAAAUUCCAAGACGAUAAUACCUAGUUAGGUACGGAUAGUUGUAGGAAAGAGUCAAGAGAUUGG